AUGGGCGAACAGGACGACAUUUCGCCCGCUAAGAUGGGCGUGGAGAGUGUUGUUGAUGACCCCAACUCUUCCGACAGCAACAGCGGGCUGCGGUCGCGACGCCGUUUUGGAUCGGCACAGGACAAUGUCAAGGAUAUUGAGAGUGAUCAUGAGGAGGAGGGAAAGCUCAAGCGUAACCUGAAGAACCGCCAUCUGCAAAUGAUUGCCAUCGGAGGAACAAUCGGAACUGGUCUUUUCAUCAGCAGUGGAACAGCACUGGCAGAGGCUGGUCCGGCUGGUGCCCUUAUCGCCUACGCCUUCGUCGGUUCGAUCGUGUACUCCGUCAUGUGCUCUUUGGGAGAAAUGGCGACCUACAUUCCCGUUACUGGUGCUUUUACCACCUACGCCGCUCGCCUUGUCGAUCCGAGCUUGGGUUUCGCAAUGGGCUGGAUAUAUUGGUUCAACUGGGCGUCAACAUACGCUGUCGAACUGACUGCCACCGGUAUGAUCAUCAAGUUCUGGAACGAGGAUCUGAACAUCGCCAUCUUUAUCGGCGUUUUCUGGGUUGUUAUCUCGGCCCUUAAUUACCUCCCUGUCGGAUUUUACGGCGAGCUUGAAUUCUGGUUCUCUCUGACCAAGGUGUUGACUGUGUUGGGAUUCAUGAUCUUCGCUAUCUGCAUUGACGCCGGUGUGGGGCAACAAGGCUACCUGGGUUUCAAGUAUUGGCAUAGCCCUGGCGCGUUUGCCCCCUACCUGAUAACUUCCGAUCUGGCGGUUGGAAAAUUCGUGGGUUUCUGGGCGGUACUCAUCCAGGCUGGUUUCUCUUACCAGGGCACCGAGCUUGUCGGUGUUGCUGCUGGUGAGACCGAGAACCCUCAGAAGACCGUCCCCUCCGCAAUCCGCAAGACGUUCAUCCGCAUUUUGAUCUUCUUCGUUUUGACCAUUUUCUUCAUCGGUCUAUUGGUGCCUUAUGACAACCCCAACCUCGCCAGCGACGCCGGUAAUGCAUCCGCUUCUCCCAUGGUUAUUGCGGCCAACCUGGCAGGAGUCAAGGUUCUUCCCAGUCUGAUCAACGCGGUGCUUCUGACGGUCGUUCUCUCUGCUGCCAAUUCCAAUGUUUACAGUGGUAGCCGUGUUCUUCUUGGUCUGGCUCAAGAGGGUUUCGCGCCUUCCUACUUUGGCUGGGUCACCAAGCGUGGCGUGCCAUAUAUCAGCGUUACCUUCACUGCCCUCUUCGGACUUCUGGGAUUCAUGAACGUGUCGAGCUCCGGAACUACUGUCUUCAACUGGCUGGUCAACAUUUCCAGUGUGGCUGGUUUCAUUUGCUGGACAUCUAUUAACGCCAGUCACAUCGCCUUCAUGAAGGCAAUGGAUGCUCGUGAUGUAUCCCGCGAAACGCUGCCCUACAGAUCCUGGGGUCAGCCCUACCUCGCGUGGUACGGUCUUUUCUUCAACAUUCUCAUCAUUUUCACCCAGGGAUUCACCGCUUGGAUUCCCCACUUCAACAUUUCCGAUUUCUGGGUUGCCUAUGUUUGCCCGGUUCUCUUCGUUGUCCUGUACCUCGCACACAAGAUAUUCUACCGCACGUCGUUUGUCCCCCCUCUUGAGGCGGACCUUGAUACUGGUAGACCGCAGUUCACCAACUGGGAAACCUCGAACCCCAAGGAUGGAUGGGGUCGGAGACUUUGGGACAGCAUCAUGGGUUAG